UUGCCCGGGCUUAAUAGGCUGAGAUGGUAGCACAGUCGGAUCGGCUGCUAGGAGAACAUGGCGGGGGAGUGAGAGGAGCAGCCAGCAGCGCCCUGUGUUGUUACACGGGAUGGGCACGCCCCCUUCCGCCCUCCCGCCAAUCGCUGUCCGAGAACGGAGAGAGCGGCUUGCCUCUCCGCCGGGCACCACCAAUCCCAGCGAACCGGCGGCCGCUCUGGCCCCGCCCCGACCAAUCGGAAGCGACACAAACACUUGUGGCUCCGCCCGCUUCCGCAGGCCGCCCAAUCCGGGCAGACACAAACAACGGGCACGCCCCAGUCUCCGAGUCACGGGCUCGAAAUGCGAAGCGAAGAGGGACGAGAGCUUCCCCUGUUGAGCACCACCGGCCAACCUCGCGCAGCGCAGGCGGCAUCGGCCCCGCCUCCUCGAGCCGCUCGGCCAAUCGGAGGGGACGUAAACAGGCGGCGAAGCGCCCCCCCGGAGGUGGAGGUGCGUACGCGGCCGGGCCUGCCAUGGAGGAGCGGGUGCCGCGGCCUGCUGCCGCUGCCGGUCCCCCGGCCGAGGAGGGAGCGAGUCGGGACGAGCGCAGCUUGGAGGCGUUGAGUCUGGUGGCGGCGCAGGUGGACGAGCUGCUGCGCAACGUGCACUGCGGGCUGCAGGCGCUGACGGCGCUUAGCGUCGGCUGCAUCCAGACCUACCGAGACGGCGUGGAGAGCCUAGGCGAGGCGGCCGACCUCAGCAUCCGCGCCAUGUACGCGCUGGUGGCGCGUUGCGAGGAGCUGGACCGCGCCAUGCAGCCCGUGCCCGCCCUGGCCAAGCGCAUCCGCGACAUGAAGGGCACGCUGGAGCGCCUCGAGGGGCUGUGCAAGUAGCUCUCGGCGCCAAAUGGCGGCCGGCGCGCGUCCCUCAGCGCCGCGGAGCUGUCGGCGGGCCGGGCGGCCCGAGCUGCGGUCGGAGAGAGAGCGCUGAGCUGAAGCGCGGCACAUCGCUCGCGGCGCUUCCCGGCUUAACUCCAUUAAAGAAUUUGGACUCCUCACGCCUUACGCUUUCUAUUUAUUGAGGGCUAGGAAAACUGACCGAGCUCCAUUAAAAGCUACCGUUGGUAUUUCUGCCUGACCAACUUUGAAGUCGUUGUGAAUAGUUUUGAUGUUUAUGGGCAUACGUGCUGCUUUGCAGCUGACUCGGUGCCUGAUAGGUGGAACCGUCUCUUACUGCUAGCUUUCUAUUGCAGCACACAACUAUAAGGUGAUGGAAAUGAGAGAAUUUAAGUAUGUAGCCAAACACCAAACCCAUGGAGCAGAACUGAGAUUCAGUUAAGAAGAGCCAAAUGCAAAGUUCUAAAUAAAAGCCUUCAGGUAAAACA